AUGGAUUCAGCACUCCUUAAAGUCGACGAAGAGAAGGCACGCCAUGCUAGGCGUGUAAAGCUUAGGGAGCUGAACGCUGCCAUGGACGUCCAGGUAGAGUUAUCCAAGUUGGACUCCUCCUUGAAGCGCCACACCGGUUUGAUCAAGCGCAUGCGCCAGUCUCUUGGUACUGAUCAGCGUGACCAAAUCCUCAAGGACAUAGACUCGUUGUCGCUGGAAAAGUACAUCGACGAGAUAGCUGGGGCCGCACUAGAAGGAAUUGCGAGAUGCAAGACGGAGAAAGAUGUUUGGAGUGCUGUUGAGGUUAUUUCAGCUCUCCAUAGACGCUUCCCCGCAGCAUUUACUCCUUCCCUCGUUUUAUCCUUGUCUGCUGCACUUGCAGCCCCUCCUCGUGCAUCCCUCUCUGCGUUACCUCCUGAACAGCGGGAGAAGGAGGAUUCUGCCCGAGUUUCUCGCCAGCGUCCCCUUCUCCGUGUCUGUUCUGAGCUCGCAUUGGUCGGGAUCAUUACUGAUGGACAGAAACGAAGUGGGGGUGAAUGGAUAAUGAAAGUAUUGAGGGAAUUGUUGUCUAAUGAUCCAACGUUAUCAUCUCUACCCCUUCUUUCCAUAUUUCUGAAAGCAAGCAGAUAUCCGCUGAAGCAGAACCUGGAACCUUGUCUUCAGCAACUACGAACGCUACCCAAGGAGAAUUUCCCGACACUCUUGCAUGAGGACGAGGAACUUGUUGAACAAGAAAUCCGUGAUCGAUUCAAGCGCAUGUGCGAAGGUUACUUCGACAGCGUUUCCAAGAAACUCACCAUAGAGCACAAGCGCCUACAAGAUCAAGAUCGUAGGAACCAUGAAGCAUAUAUCCGGUCUGGGGAGAUCUUUGAGGAUAGACAACAAGCGUAUGAGAAGAUGACGAAAGGCUACGAGAAAUUACUUGCGAGCUGCCAAACACUAUCGGAACUGCUGUACCUGCCUAUGCCGUCAUUGCCUACGGUGUCCCAGAAGUCGGAUUCUAUCCAAAUUGGAGGAAAUGCCGUCUCGGGCGAUGAAGAAGAUCCUCUUGACCUAAAGGACUUCGUACCAAAGUCAGUUUUGGGCAUCGAGAGCGACGAGAAAGAAGAUAAUGAGGCCACAGAAGAGAGAGAAAAGGCGGAGAAAGAGAAAGCAGAUGCUGAAGCAAAGAAACUAGAAGAGGAACUGGAGGGCCUGAAACUGGACGGUGAUCGAGCAAAUGGAAGAAAAGAUGAUACCCCCGAAGUCGAGAUGCGCGAGGAAGAACCCGAUGGUACAAUCACACCGACACCGACGGACCAUCGCAACUGCUUCACUGCUUUGCUUGCACGCCUCCCCGACGCAACAAAUCGUGCCAUGAUUGACCAAGCUGCAAUCGAUUUCGCGUUUUUGAAUUCCAAGGCGGCUAGGAAGAGACUUAUCAAGUUCUUGAAUGCUGUGCCAAAGAAUCGAACUGACUUGCUUCCUCAUUAUGCAAGGUUUGUGGCAACUUUGAACAGAUACAUGCCGGACAUCGGUGCCGAGCUUGUAGCAUUGCUGGAUGAAGAAUUCCGCUAUUUGCAACGAAAGAAAAAUGUGGUGAAAGAGCUUGCAGAGGUUCGCAUGAAGAACAUAUCAUAUUUGUCCAACUUGACAAAGUUUGGUGUCGUGCCUUCUCAUCUUGUCCUCCACAUGUUCAAAGUAUGCUUGGACGAUUUUUCUGGAACGAAUGUCGAAAAUAUCUCGAUGCUCCUUGAAGGGUGCGGUCGCUUUUUACUGCGCAGUGACGAGACUAGGGAGAGAUUUGGUACUAUGCUUGAGCUCAUGCGGCGUAAGCAGAGUAUGCAGCACUUCGAUCAAAGACAGAUACUUCUACUUGAAAACGCAUACUAUCAGUGCAACCCACCGGAACGAACUCCGAGACAACAGAAGGAGCGCACUCCUUUGGAACUUUUCAUCCGCCAUCUUAUAUACGACGUUCUAGCUAAGAAGACCAUCGAUAAGGUCCUUAAGCUCCUCCGCAAGCUUGAUUGGGAUGAUCCAGUUGUUCAGCGCACUCUCAACGUCAAUUUGCUGGCCAUGCUGACGUACGACCUCCAACGUUAUCACCCCGCUUUCGCGAUAUCGGUUGUGGACCAGGUUCUCGAAGACAUUCGAAGAGGUUUGGAACAGAACGUCUAUAGCACGAACCAACGCCGCGUGGCCACCAUAAAAUAUCUGGGGGAACUCUAUAUCUAUCGGUUGUUGGGAUCGGUCCUGGUGUUCGAUACUAUGUGGUCGCUGGUCACGUUCGGACAUCCUGAGGGACAUCCAUUGCCCCGUCAGCCUUGCCCAGUGGAUAUGCCUAAUGACUUUUUCCGCAUCCGUCUCGUUUGCGUUCUGCUCGACACUGUUGGCAUGUGCUUCGACCGAGGGACCCAGAAGCGGAAACUUGAUAAUUUUCUUGUUUUCUUCCAGUACUAUGUCUUAUGCAAAGAAGAUCUGCCCAUGGACGUUGACUUUAUGCUCUCUGAUUCAAUCGAGGCAAGUGGAUCUGCUAUCCGGCCCAAGAUGACGAUGCAUAAGACAGUAGAGGAAGCCGCUGUAGCUGUUGAUGACAUGUUCAAUGCUGCUUUGCAGAACGCUGGUUUGUCAACCGGUGAGGAUAGUGGCGAAGACAGUGACGAAGAAGGUGAACGGCCUCAACAACAAGACGAAGAGGAUGGUGAUGCGACCGGUCAGGAAUCUUCGAACGAAGAUCGAACUUCGUCUCCUGACCCUGUCAUCGUCCUAUCCACACAAGAGCAUCUCGGACCAUCUGAGGAAGCGGAAGCCGAGUUUGAGAAAGAGCUCGCUAAGAUCAUUACAGAUUCCUCAGCCGAGUCCAGAAAAGUCGACAAGAAGACAGCUUGGUGGGAUUCUGCCGUUCUCGGCCCCAAUGUACGCAAGAAGCGGGCUGAUGAGGGCGAUGUCGAUGGUGGCGGCGACAACAAUCCGAACGGUGAUGCCGUGAUGCAGUUUACUGUCAUUACUAAACGCGGCAGUAAGCAGCAGGGUCGCCAUCUUCUUGUACCAGCUGAAUCGGCGCUCGCCGUGCACACGCGAUCUGCACAACUUCAAGACAAGGUAGAGCAGCAACAUCUCAAACGUUUGGUCCUGGAUUACGAACAGAGAGAGGAAGCGGAAGAACUGAAAGCUCUCGAAGUGCGCAACAGGGCUGGUGCAAUCAAGAUCCGCUAUGUCGGAUAACACUGACCAUAUCGUUUAUCGCAUCAAGCCUCAUACACAGCCUAGAUCGAUGCAUCGGCGGCGGCGCUCUUACGUAGCGACAGUUCGUGAACGAGUUUCAUACUGCCUCAGCGGCAUUCAGCCCAGUCAUUCUCGCAUACUCUGUGAAGCUGACCUGACGGUUCCCUUGGCUGUUCGCUCAGCCCGUGUCUACCAUCCGUAAGCCUUAUCACAUUGGCUGAAACCACAUAGUAACCACGUUUCUUGCUACACACCUUUUGUUUUUCUGUCUAGUUUCUGUAGUCUAUUAUCUGACAUUCGUCAGUAUUGUGGAGUUGACUCUCACAUAUGUUUCACAAGUGUUUGAUGUUCAAUCUAUGUGCUUGG